CCUCUCGAUUAAUAAAGAAAAAGAAGCUAAGCUAUCUUUGGUUUUCUCCCUCUCAAGUCAAUAUGGUCUUGAACUAACUCGGAAAGGAUGAAAUUUGAAUAUCCAUCUUUUGCUUUGCUUUGCUUUGGUAUUUAAUUUGAGGUUCUAUGGGAAAACAUGCAUUUACUUACGCCAAAUUGCAGGGAUGCUCGGCCAGCCGUGACCUAACUUCAACCAGCUCUGGCAAACGUGGGUCUAGGAUGGAAGCUUGACAAGCUUAUAUAGCAUGGGAUAUUGAGAUAGACAAGGCAAUCAGUGGAGCUAAGAGAAGCUGAUGAAUUAGCUAACAAAGAACAGUAGCAACUGCGGGAGAGCAGUGCUUUUUUCCGAUCCAAAUCCAAAAUCCUCGUUGGCGAUUCUUAUGCUGCCAUGAAAGCUAGGGGAUGACCGUCUUCAUCCGUCUUUCCAAAAUACCUGGAACAGGGAGUAACGACUCGAAAUCUCUUAUUGAGAUUGAAAUUUUCUACAAUAUUUAUGGUUGUAAAUCCCGUUGUAGAACUGCACUUGUGAUUUUAACUUUCUCUGCCUUUGCUUGAUGUGGGAUAUUUGAUUUGAACUAUUGUUGAUUAAAUUCAUGCGGAGACAUGAAUGAGGUUAGGGAAGGAAAAUGGGCGGAGCAGUGGAUAUUAUUCUUGGAAAGCCUAUUAUGAUUGCAGCCUGUGAACUCUCGUUAUUUAAUUUCAUUCAUCACUUUGUAUAUGAGCCGACGUUAUUGGGAUGAUAUAUUCUGAUGGGAUACUUUGCCAAUUGAUUUUUCACCUUGGGAUGAGUUUGUGCAUCGUUUAUGAUGCUACAUUUAUGUGUUAGCUUAUGUGGGAUGAAAUGGUGAUAAAUUGGGAUAAUGGUCUAACUCUCGCUUCGAACAUGGGAUUGUUGCCAUGAUCAGUUUUAUGUUUAAACAAGAAUAUUCAAAAUUAUUAUUUAAAGGGACGCACCCACUGAUGAAACUCCUGUGUUUAAAUUAUUAUGCUUCCCUUUAAGGAUCAUGGAUUAUGGCAAACUCUUCGUCAUACUAUAUUCCUUUAUCUGCGUCGCUAUAAGUGAAUCAAUAUUUUUGGAAAAUUCGAGCUGAAUCGAGAUUUUUGAUGAAUAUGUGACUGGUAUUUCUCUGCUCUGACGGGUAUUUCUCUGCUCUGACGGGCAUUUCUCUGCUCUGACCGAGUUGAUUUGAAGGGCAUUUCUCUGCUCUGACGGGUUGCUUUGCCGGGUAUUUCUCAGCUCUGACCGGGCUGCUCUGACCGAGCUGAUUUAAAGGGCAUUUCUCUGCUCUGACAGGCAUUUCUCUGCUUUGAUCGGGCUGCUCUGACGGGUAUUCCUCUGCUCUGACCGAGCUGAUUUGAAGGGCAUUUCUCUGCUCUGACAGGUUGCUCUGCCGGGUAUUUUUCAGCUCUGACCGGGUUGCUCUGACGGGUAUUUCUCAGCUCUGACCGGGCUGCUCUGACGGGUAUUUCCCAGCUCUGAUCGGGAUGCUCUGAGCGAGUAUUUUUGGUUCUGCAUGAGACAUUUAAUACAAUUCUUGGUAUUAUGCUAACUCUGCAUAUUAAUAGAUUCGUUGAUAUUUACAAGUAGUGCAUUUGGAUACCGAUAAUCUAAUUUCAUGAUACGUUUAUUUGAUCGUUCACAUACCAUUAAAGGAAGAAAUGAGAUAUAUAUUUUCCUUAUUAGCGGGUUUACAACCCUAUCUCAAAGGGCUCUCACCGUGUUUUUACUAAUAUUCGUGUUUAAGAAUUCUUGUAGCACAGGAAACACAGAUUUUGGGAAAGACUUGUACAAAUAUGAUAAACAUCAUAACAUAGAGAGGUAACCCACUAACUAGUGGUGAUCCAGGUACUUCGCAGAACUAUACUUUAUCAUUACAUGAUCUUGUCAAAACAUGUGAACCUGAUUGGGAUAUAUUAUUCUUUGUCACUUGGAAAAAAUCACGAUUUAUAUGAUCUUUGAUGGGAUUUGAAAAUUUGAAUGAAUUCAUCGAGAUAUGAAUGUGGGAAUCUAGUUAUGGCAAUGGAUUAUAUAAUCUAGGGUUCGAAUUCUCUUUGCAGCCUUGUCUUAAAGAGGCUCUCAUAUUAUUACUAAUAUAUGUGCUUAAGAUUUUUUGUAGCACAGGAUAAGCAAAUUUGGGGAAUGAUUUGAACAAAUAUGGUAAAUACCAUAAUGUAAAAAGGGUAACCCACUAGUAAGUGGUAAUUCAGGUACUUCGCUGAACUCUAUCAAUGGGAAGAGCAUGAUCGGGAUAUGUUAUAUUUUAUCACUUGGGCAAAAUCAUGAUUUAUAUGAUCUUUGAUGGGAUUUAUUAAAUUAUAAUGCUAUCUUGGAAGCUGCACAACUUCUGCAUAUGUGCUUAGAUUUGAAACGGGAAUUCACUUUGAUACGAAACUGCACAACUUUCGCAUAUGUGCUAAAGUAUAAAUUGGAUGCGUGGUUUUAGGAAUUCCGCGGUGAAUUUCGCAUAUGUGCUAAAGUAUAAAUUAUAAUGCGUGGUCUUGUUCUCAUGGGAGGAAAAUCACUGCCCUUUUUGUCAUAGAACUUACAGCACUUCCAAGGAAACUUUGAAUUUUGCAGAGCAUGUUGCUAAAUGCAGAAUGAACCAGAGUGAAGAGUUUGACGACAUCGUACUUGACAUCUCUCUUCCCCCGAGAAUCGUUUUGCUGAAAGUUCAAUUAGCUACAAUUGAGGCAUCUAUUCCCUCAGAUGCUCUCGAAUCCUUCUGGUCAGACGAAUACAGAAAAUCUUGGGGCAGGAAGUUGCAUAUGUCAUUGACGGCUAAAGAGCUUCUUCAGUGCUUGACGUUGCUGGAAGAUAGCAUCAAGAGGGAAUUUUUGUCGGUGAAUUACGAGACCUCCUCUGAGAUAUUGAGUUCCUCCAAAGUCGUAGGAUGUUCAUCGAGACCUGGAGUGGUUCCGAUACCUCCAUGGAUGCCUCUUACUGCGCCUGCCGUGGCUUUAAGGCUCAUGGAUCUCGAUGCAUCCAUCUACUAUACGUACGAGCAUGAGGAAACUUGUCAGAAAAACGGCGAAGAUGGGUAUUUCAAUAACUUCUCGUCGUUGUAUUCUGCAUUCGGGUGUUCGGUGGAUAAUCCUUCACAAGCUGGAUCGUCUCGACUGGAUAACUGCUGGGUUGAUCUCCGUAAUGGCCGCUCCGUUCUCAAGCGAGGCCGGGGGCGCCCAAAAGGUCCGAGCCGCACUCGUGGAGGAAAAUUUCAGGGUAGGGCGGCCAACGCCCUUUAUGCGGAUGGAUUUUCCGGUGCCGGGAGUCGGAAUUUUACCGAGAGUGUCGAUUACGGGAAAGGCGAUGAGCAUGGCGAAGAUGUUGAUUAUGACGACGACGAAUACAAUGAUGAGGAAGACGAUGAUGGCGUGGAUGAACGCGAAGACUACUUUGCCGAAGGAUACGUCAACAGUGACUAUCAAGAAGAAGAGGGAAACCCGACCGCAGGCAGAGAGCGAGUUCAGAACGCGGCGGGGAGCUCCGAUGGGGACUCACCGUCGUCGUCGUCUUCCUCCGAGUACAGUUACUAACGUUUGGCACCUCAAGAAAGGGAGAUAUACUUAUAUUGAAGUAGUGUAGCUGUAAUCAAUAAUUCUGUCUCAUCUUUCUUUUGGAGCCAUAGCUGACUUUAACUUAAACUGGAUAGUUUUAGGCAUCAAACGGCGACGUUUUGUUGUUAUAGGAAAAACGUAGUUGAAGGAUAAUUUUCACCAGUGUAUUUUCUGUGUUUCAAAUAUUUAAUUAAAUGGAUGAGUGAAAUGUGUGUCGAUCCAAAGAUGAAAUUAUUUGAUGAUUCACAA